CAAUGCUGAAAAGGCAAACCAGUUGCAUGGGAGUGCUGAUGAAGAUCGACAAACGUAGGAGAAACAGGCCAGAGGCAGGUGAGGUAGCAUAAUAGAAGGGAUGUACUACUUAGCUGUGGAAACAAUAAACAGAGAAAAAGAGAGUUAUCGGAAUUUGUUUAACUCUGCGCUCAACUCCGAUAUGGACAACUUCUAUUUACAAGUUGGAGCUGUGAAUUUUACUCAACGAAGUCGCAGAGCAUUUAGUUGUAAAGUGAAUGCCAAUUUGAUUACAUCAGCGCUCGGUGUAAUAGGCGGCUUUUUCAGUGCCGAUGUGGCUAAAUAAUAAAUAAAACAACAGAAAUUCAACCGAAACUUUGUUUGUAAAUUUGUGCCCUGCGCAUACUUUAGCACCCAAUAAGUGGCUAACUGGCUGGCGUGAUGCGCAAGUCACAACCACUACUGCUGAAUGAUCAACAUGAAGCUGCGCGCCUUGGCCUCCAUAGCGGAGAAGGCGGCUCGGAAAGCUAUUCAUCCGAAUCCUCAUUCAGUGACUCAUACACAGACAGUAGUGACUUAGCCAAUUGGGAGGAGCAUGUGGCCGAGGAUGGAACACUUUUCUAUGCAGAAUAUCUGCCACAAGCGCGACGCCCGAUACAUGAGAAACGCAUUGAGUUUGCGCGCAGCAGCUCACUGCGCAUGGGAAAAAAGACGGCGCGACGCCAACAACAACAGUCGCAGCAACAGCAGCAAGACCAGAAGCAAAAGCAGCAAGGCAAAUCGAAUGGUGAUGGACGUCAGCCGACGUCUGCGCAGUCACCCGCGCAUGAGCACCGUUUCUCUCACAUUAGCAAGUCGCAUGAAACACCCAACUACAAGCAAUUAGAAUUGGUAAUAACGGCAGCAGAUCGUUUUCGCUUCGGUCGACGCUCCACCGCCAUAGAAUCCAUACUUGGCUUCCGUGUGUUGCCGUUCCCAGACCAGCCAGAGUGUUUAAUGGUUGACAGCUUUGUGCAUGCGAUGCCUACGAUGCUUCAACAACAACAACAACAACAACAGCAACAACAACAACCACCGCAGUCAUCAACUGAGUCAACGGAAAUCGAGCGUGGCGAUUGGUUCAAGUCGUUGGAUGACAUCGAAGUGCGCGCCAGCAAUGUGGAUGAACUGCUGUUGCAGUUCGUUGAACCCACUAAAGUUUGCCUCAAAUUUCAGGGCGUAGCGCGACGUGACACUGCCGGUGGUAAUGGCGCUGAGCAAGCGCACGCAAAUGGCAGCACAGGCGCCACUAGCGGUGCAGGCGAUCUACAAAAAGUUGAAAAUUUUGCUAUGUUUGCGCAAGUAUUUGAGAAGUUGCAGCUGCGCGCGCUAGCAACAGAUGGCGAAAAAAGUACCGAAGUUGCUGCUGCCGCCGCUAGUUCUGAUGGCACAGCUGACGUCGCUUUGCCAUUUGCACUACUAAUACUACCGCCAGAGUGCUAUCAGAGUGAUCAGCAUAAGGACUCACUGUACUAUUAUCCUGAGGAUGUACAAGCAAAUUUUCUCUACAAAGCGCGCGGCAGUUUUCUCACUUUGAAUGCCGUACUCACGGAGGAGCUGCAGACGAAACCGCUCAUAUCGCGUCUUCAGGUCAAUAGCGUUACCUACUUUGUGUGCUACCGCUCGCUCAAUGGCUUGCUAGUUCUGUUCGCUUACGCCGCCGCUUAUAACUCACAACCGGAGGCGGGACUGCGCGCAGACGAACUCAUCGAUUAUAUACGCUUUGCUUUUCCCACGCUCAACUUGCAGCACUUCACAAAUGGCAAUACGUCGACAGCAGCGUUGCGCAGCUUCUUACACAAUUUCUGUUCCAUACAGCGCGUGCGCAUAUUGCGCGCGCAUCGCAAGCACCCGGUACUUUUUGAGGAGCUGCUCAAAGAAUCGCGACACAUGCCGCUGCCGAAGGAGGCUCAAUUGCGUAUUUUCGAUGCGCUAAGCGAAAUGGAGGCCAUGGAUUAUAGAAAUUGGAAUGAUGAGCCACUGAAUACGCAUCGUGAGUUUUUUAUACAUGGCAGCGUGCUCUACUACGAUCAUUACUUACUCGCCUCACAAAUGCCGCUGGAGGUGCGCGCCAAUGUGGAGCUAUUUCUACGCUGCCGUGGCAUAUUCGAGUUUAUUAGUGAACAGAGCGUCAAAGAGUUGUAUGUGUGGGAGGAGGUAGCCUUACCGCAGGCCACAGGUCGUUACUUUCUCACCAUAUGCAGCCGCAGCCACUUGAUUUUAGCGGUAAUUUUGAAAAUCUUCGACGCGCCUGACUUAUCGCCCAACGACAUUGUGCCGCCCUCGCUUUUCUACAUCGAAGAGAUACAAGAAACACUCGAUCAUCUCAUCCAAUGCGGCAUCGAAUCUUUAGCCAUCUUCUGGUCUAUUUCUAAUAAGCGACCCGAGGUGUUGGACAAAGUCGAGCAGCCCGAUGAAGCCAGCGCCGAGAAGGAAUCACGCAAAAUAGAGAACUUCAUAAAACAAAAAUUCGCUGCUGCAGCCUCGGCCGCCACAGGCGGCACUUCGUCCUCACACACCAGCAGUGGUCAACGCACGCUUGCCUACGACGAGGAAACACAUCUCUGUUCGUCGCUCGGCGGUUCAUCCAUACACAGCCUAACGCCGAGCGAGGAUGAUUCGAGUCGCAAACGUCUUACCGCAGCCACCAGCGCUGCCGGCAACAACGACGACUCCGAUAGUGGCGGUUCAGAUUGGGAUAACUUCGGCGAACAGAAUCCAUUACAUUACGGCUGCGACUCGGUGCUGCAGUCGCAAAUGACCGAAUCACUUUGGAAGGAAAUAAAUAAUGUUGUGCCUGUCAAAAUUUCCGCUGGCUGGAAGAAUUCUAUCUUCUACUACGUCUACGUCGACAAUACCAACGGUUCGGUUUUCUGUCCGCUCAAAGCGAACUCUGAGUCGUUUCCUUUCCUCGCAGAAAUGCGCAAAGCUUGCCAUACAAUACGCGCGGUGUUGCAGAAUACGAAACAUUAUCGGCGUCUGCUGGCGCAAGAGAACACCAAACCAGCAGCCAGUAAGGGUAUAUUGGCCAUUAAGGAGCACGGCAUUACGAUACAAGUGCGAGAAGUUAUGACUGAUGCAGCGGCAGCAGCAUCGGCUGGAUCGACUGAGGCAGAGAGCGUUGUGAAGGGGCGCUUUGUGGUUGUCGGACGGCUGUUCAACUCGCCGUUGAAGGAGGUGUACGUUUGUCAUAAGCCCGAUGUGCCGCAGAAUAUGGUGGAGAUGGCUUUUCGACUCUCAUUCUUCUCUGUGGGUUAACGAAUGCGGAUUGAAGUUGCAAUACACAUGUUUGUUUAAAAGUGUAAUAUUUUUUAAUGUAAUAAUUUGCCCAAUUAUUUAUUUUUUAUAUUUUUAAUAAA